AUGAGCUCCUCUCAAUCGACCAAGGCUGUUGGACGACUACCGGUAGAGCUGUGGGAAUUGAUCUUGCUACAACUAGAUCUCCCAACGCUUCUCACAUCUGCCACACGAGUCUGCCAUGCUUGGGCUGCCUUGAUUCAAGAGUCUACUGUGCUACAACAAUUUCUAUUUUUUGCGCCAGAGAGCGAUGUCCAGAGAGUUGAUAAAACUCACAAUUUGCUUCUAGUGGAUGCUUUCUCCUCCCUUUUCCCCAAACAUGAGACAGAUGAGGACUAUUUUCAAUGCAAGUUCACACUAGCCUCUUGGAACCUAGCCAAAUAUCCUGAAAAGCAAAUAGCAUAUCUGCGGCCUAAUGCAAGUUGGCGUCGUAUGUUAGUGCAACAGCCGCCAGUAUAUAGAAUUGGCCUCAUGAUCGAGAGUUUUGGUCAUCAUAUUAAUUUUGUCAAAUAUUAUGAGAUUCCGGGUGACUCGAGCAGAACAAAGAACGGUAUCCGCAUGGAGGACGUUUUUGAAGAAAUAUUUAUCAAUCCAGAUCUUCGUUUCGAAGACCCGCAAGCCAAUUGGCGGGGCUGCUUCUCACCCAUAAUGUCCCAAAAACUCGAGACGCUUCAGAAAUUGCUACACCGCAACCUAGAUGUUGGCCUUGUGCUUCAAACAACGACUGUGGAUCCCGAAUUCGGCGAUAUGGACGAGGAGGACGGGGGGAACAUGGAGGAGAAAAAGAAUUUCGAACUUGGGAGCAAAAUAUACGAGAUGAUCGAGACUAAAUAUCAGAAGCAAGGCUGUAAGCCCAAAACCACAGAAAAUGGUUGGUGGACUAAGCUCGAAGGGUCCUCUAAUUGGGACUGA